AUGCUGAAGAAAAAGAGUAUCUCUGACUUAACAACCGCGGCCAAUUGUGAUAGUUUUAUUGUAUCUGCUACUCCAAACAGACUGAACUACAACAAGUCUCCCAUGAAGGAAUCUCAGAAAGAAGAUAAAGUUUUGGUUCAGGAAGAAACAGGAAAACUGAGUGAUUUCAAGGUCUUCUUCUCUGUACUUAAAGGGUUCUGCUCCUGAGCCAUUCUUUUGGUACCCAAUGCUUUUUACAAUGGUGGCUGGGCCUUCACUACAGUAGUGAUGCUGACUUGCAUGGGACUGAAUCUAAUAACCUGAUUGAUACUUCUAGAAGUGUCCGAUAAGUAUCCAGGUACUUUUUCUGAGUUAGGUUAUCUUGCCUAUGGAACUCCUUGCAAGAUAGUUUGUGAUCUGGCUCUUUCUAUAUCACAAGCUUCCUUUGUGUCGGCCUUUGUAGUAUUUAUUAUACAGAACUCAGACACUAUUGUAUUGCAUUUAUGGGGUGUGACGAUCGACCACUGGAUUCUGGGAGGAAUUGUGUUUUUAAUUUUAUGACCGUUAACCUGGGUAAGAAACAUCGAAACCUAUAAUAAAUGGCACAUAUUUUGCGAAUGCAGCACUAUUGCAGUCUUGUUCACAAUUAUCUGCUUUGGAAUCGCUCAUGUUACUGAAGAAGGUAAGCCCAGUGAUGUCCGGGCUUUUAAUAGUGACAAUUGUGUUGUUGUUUUUGGAACUUGUAUUUAUCUCUUUGAAGGCACUGGUCUGAUCCUACCACUCAAGAAAACAGCUAAGAAUCCACAAAACUUCUCUAAAGUGAUGGUUAUCAGCCUCUGUAUUUUUAUGGCAAUAGUCCUUGCUUUUGGCUUUUCUAAUUACUUUAGCUACGGAGACAAAAUUUUAAGAGAUUCAAUUAUCAUCACAAAGGCACUUCCUCAGGACAAUAUUAUACUCCAUUUUAUUAGAAUGGUCUAUUUUCUAUGAUUAUUUAUUACAGCUCCUUUGAUGCUAUACCCUUCAAAUACUAUUGUUGAGAGUUACCUAUUCCGAAAAUAAUGAUAAAAACAAUCAUUAUUGGCAUACAAAUAUAACCCGAACAAUUAUAAUCAUACUAAUAACUUUCAUAGCAGUUUAUUUCGAAGAAACACUUGACAGGUUAAUGUCAAUAGUAGGCUCACUGACAUGCACACCUGUAGCAUUUACCCUCCCAGCAAUCAUCCACCUCAAACUUGUCGCAAAAACCAAAACCCAAAUCACUCUCGACAUAUUCUUGAUCACCCUUUCAUGUUUCAUCCUAACCUUCGUCACUGGGCAUAACCUCUACACCUGGACCUAA